AUGGAUGCAAGAAACAAAAGACACCUAUUGUUAGUUUACGGUCUGGACGACGAGGAAUCUCGUGGGAAACUGCGUAUCUUCAGUGAAGCGAUGGACGAAUGCAUCGGGAAUCUGGAAAGAAGAAUGUUACAAUACCACACGAAGACGACGUAUACCCCAGCACCACAAGAAGAUUGGGAAUAG